AUGAACGAUUAUAAAAGAGAUGUUGUGCGUGAGUUACAUGCUCCAGCAAGAAAAAAUUUUUUACGACGUGAAGUUGACAUUCGUGAUAAGGAUGAAACAUGGCAAGCUGAUCUUGUAGAAAUGAUUGAACAUUUAAAGGUCAAUUCUGGUUACAAUUAUAUUUUAACAGUCAUUGAUAUUUUUUCAAAAUUCAGCUGGGCUGUUGGACUUAAAAAUAAAACUGGAAAAGAGCAUGAAGGAAAUUAUGAAUGGUUGAAAUUGCUGCCAGAAUUAAUUGAAAGAUAUAAUAAUACUAAACAUCGCACAAUUAAAAUGAAACCUGUUGAAGUUGUUGGAUAUAAGCCAAAUUGGACAAACGAAAUAUUCACAAUCAUUAAAAUUAAUAAAACAUCACCUGUAACGUAUAAGCUCAAAGACUAUCAAGGAAAUUCAAUACAAGGAAGCUUUUAUACUGAAGAGCUACAAAAAGUUCGACAUUCUGACAUUUAUUUAAUUGAAAAAGUUUUGAAAAGACGAGGGAAUAAAAUGUAUGUAAAAUAUCUUGGAUUUGACAAUAGUCAUAAUCAAUGGAUAGAUAAUCAAUAA